AUGGCGCUUCUUUUGUUUUCUACUUUCCUAGCGGGCCCCGUAGCAGCAUCCAACUAUGCUACGAGGCUAGAUACCACGGCGACAAACAUCGGCCCGCUCACGACACGCUUUACCCCUCCAGCCUCAUGUUCCGAUAUUCGCACGAGAGCCUUCUAUGACAUCAUCCCUAAGCUCGAAAUGGGAUGUGAAGGACCCGGAGGAAACGAGUGUUGCCCACCAAAUUGGCGAGACGAUGUUUACUACAGUCCUGGGAUGUGCCCGGCAGGAUACCAGACCUGUACACUGCCAACCUCCAAACAACGUAUCGAGACGACUGCUAUGUGUUGUCCAGACAAUUUCGCAUGUAACGGUCAAGGCCGCUGUACUCGCCCAUUGAACACUAGGAUUCCCCUUACCAUGACCGAUGCCACACGGACAACCACACGAACCGAAUACGCCAUAACGGCAACCCCGAUCCAAAUCCGCUUUAAGGCGGCCGAAUCCACGAUCGUGCCAAUCCCGACUGCGUCUCUGAAGCUUCCGAGGGGGUAUCUGUACAAGCGUGAAAAGGUGGGCAUUGGUAUUGAAGUUUCGGCUGCCGUUAUUGGAUUUGCGAUUGCUCCAUUGGAGAAUUAUCCUAUCCCCGAAACCCCUGAUGUCCCUCCGCCUGCUUAUCCCGGACCGAGUGAUGGUUUGGGCACAGCGGCGCCGGUUCCAGGUAGCAGCACUGAUAACUGGCCGAUGGGGGGACGAAAGUAG